UUAAAUUUGAAUUUGAUCUGCAAAUAUUACACAGGAUACCACAGGACUACAAAACUGUGAAUUUGUCCUGAGAGCAGAUAUGAGGGGAUCAACCCCAGGUUCUGGUGCAGGAACAUAGACCACCGUCGUCAUCGUAUCCUGAGAGGUGGACGAGCGUGAAGGACAGAGGAACAAAACUAAGCAUCUCUACAGCGGAGACGGGCACCGUGCUGUCCAAAGACCCAGCCUGACGCACGGAGACGGAAAGACGGACGGACAGUCCGAUGCCAACGGUCUCCACUGUCAAUCUCACGGCACCACUCCUCCUCCUGUUGCUAUGGGCAACCCACCCCACCAUGGCAACCAACUGGCUAUCCCUGGCGAGGCUGCCUCGCUCCAGGCCUGUGUCCGGUGCCGCCCCGUGCGCACGACUGAGGGGGCUAACCCCGGGGCAGGUCGGGGUGUGCAGGGCACGGGGGGAGGUCAUGGAGUCUGUACGCAAGGCAGCCGAGAUGGUCAUAGAGGAGUGUCAACACCAGUUCCGGAAUCGCCGCUGGAACUGUUCCACCACCCCCCGUGGGAUCAAUGUAUUCGGCAGAGUCAUGUACCAAGGCACUCGCGAGGCAGCCUUUGUGCAUGCUUUGUCCUCGGCGGCCGUGGCAGUGGCGGUGACCCGAGCAUGCACACGCGGAGAGCUGGAGAGGUGUGGCUGUGACAGGAAGGUCAGGGGGGUCAGCCCCGAGGGUUUCCAGUGGUCCGGCUGCAGUGACAAUUUGUCCUAUGGCGUCGCCUUCUCCCAAACUUUUGUGGAUGAACCGGAACGAGCUAAGGGCCUGUCGGCCGGACGACCACUGAUGAAUCUCCACAACAACGAGGCUGGUCGAAAGGCCAUACUUCACAACAUGCAGGUGGAGUGUAAGUGUCAUGGCGUCUCCGGCUCCUGUGAGUUGAGGACCUGCUGGAAAGUCAUGCCGCCAUUCCGGCGUGUUGGCAUCGUGCUCAAGGAGCGCUUCGACGGAGCCACGGAGGUCCGCCUGACUCGUAUCGGAUCUAGGACCGCCCUGCUGCCUCGUGACUCGCAGGUCAAACCCCCUGCUGCCAGAGACCUUGUCUACCUUGCACCAUCCCCAGACUUCUGUCACCUUGACCCUGACAACGGUAUCCCUGGUACAGCAGGCAGAAGAUGCAAUGGAACUUCCCGGCUAGCCCCGGACGGAUGCGAGUUGGUUUGCUGCGGUCCGGGUUACAGAGCGGGCCGAGCCGAAGUGGUGCAGCGGUGCUCAUGCAAGUUCUCCUGGUGCUGCUCGGUCCGCUGCCAGCAGUGCAAGAACACGGUCACUAUUCACACAUGCCGAGUUUAAAACCCCCUAUUAAAACAAAGCUAACACUUUAGUAGAGAUCCCAAACAAACACCAGACAGACACUCCUGAAAGACAGGAUUUAAAGUCAUUUUUGCAAUGCACCAGUGAGGCUGGUCCAAUUCUAACAUACAAGUUGGCUCACAAGCCUAAUGAAACACUAAAAUUCAUCAAAUAUUCAUUAUGUCUUCUUACAUAAAAAAUCAGUAACCGCUAAGACACGGGAGAAGGGGUAGGAUUCUAUAAGCUCUGCUUCUUCCCACUCCUUCUCAGACAUGUUGAGUUGUGCAACCAUGUGCUACAUUUCAAUGAAACUUUUUUUAAAGCAUGUUUGAAGUCAACUAAACCAUUACCAGUCAUAACCCUGACAAACUGACAAGUGAUGUGCAUGCACUCAAGUAUACUUAUCACUCGCUCAAGCAUCUAAUCAUCCUGAACAGACAAAGCUUUCAAAGCGCAACGUAAGAAGAACUAACAGCGGAAACUUUGCGGCACUAUAUAUAUUUGUAUUUUAUUUCAUGCAUGAUAGUUGCAUCUACUGUCCUGUUUAUUGCCGUUUAUUUAUUGCACACCGGAGUCUUUUCUACAUUCCAGCCCCUGGCGGACAUGUUAAAAAACAAAUAGCU